AAUUACCAGAUAUUGAAACUAAUUUAUCAUUUUUUAAAAGUUUUGCUAUAAAUUUAAGUAUAGUAGAUGAAAAUGAUGAAUUAAAUUCAAUUCGACAGGAUGCUACUAAUCCCCAUAAAGAUAAAAAUGAUUGCAAAUAUACUUUUUGUGUAAUAGUAGUUUUUGGAAAUUUUGAAGGUGAGGAUUUAGUUUUAAGCAAAAUAGGUAUUGUAAUAGAAGUAAAAUGCGG